AUGCUCUAUCUUUUAUUAAUCAUUGAAUUUGUAUCUAGUUUUACCCCUGACAGGCUGCCAGCAACAAAUCCUCCACCAGAUGCCCGUGCUUUUGCCUUGAUGGACAAUUUUCCAUCCCUUAACCUUAUCAUGGUUUAUGGUGGCUACUCUGAUCCUACUAAUUCUAUUUACGGAGAUAUAUGAACUUUUAAUAUAUCAGCUGAAACUUGAGAACGGCUGAUUCCUUCAGAUGGGAUUUCUCCUAGUAAUUUCUAAUUCCCCCUUUUAAAUUGAAACAAAAAAUACUAUUCCAAUUUAAAGGGGAUUAAUUAUAUUUUUAAAAAAAGCAUUAUGAAUUUUUUAUGCAAUAUUUUAAUAUUUAAUUUAUUUUUAUGAAGAAUUAAUUCAAAAAAUUAACUAAAAUACUUAAAAAGCAUUCUAUUUAUGGUUUUUCCAUUAAAUUAGGUUAAAACUGUAUAAAAUUUUGUAUUUUUUCAACAAUAAAUUAUUACUUUUAAAAAGAAUUUCCUUCAAUUUAAAGGGGGUUAAUGCACUAAAAAAUGUAAAUUUUACCUAUAUUUUGUUCAAUUUAAUUGGAGGUGAGUAAGCAGCUGGAAGAUAUAGUGGCGGCUCUUUUGGUCUUUUAUCACAAGACUUAUAUUGUAUUUUUGGAGGAAUGUCGCUUACAGGACCUAUAAACGAUCUAUGAUGCUUUCAAACUAAAGGAUUUUUAUGGAACCAAAUUACUACUUCUGGAGAUGCUCCUACACCAAGAAUGAGGUUUGGAUAUACUUCUUUUUAUGACAAAAACAAUGUUUUGCAGUUUGUGGUUUUUGGAGGUGUAACUAUAUCAGGGGUUGAUAUAGGAAUUUCUUAUAAAUAGUCAUUUUUUAUGCAUAAAUGAUUUUUUGACUAUUUAUAGUAAAGAAUUAUAGUAAUCUUUACAUGUAAAUUUCAUAUAGCCUUAACACCUCAACUUGAGUUUGAUCUGCAAUAGAAGUAGAAGGCGAUACUCCUUUAAACUCUGAAGAGCCAUCACUAGUUUACUAUAAUAAAAAACUUUAUACAGCUGGUGGAGGAAAUACCUAUGCAAAAAUUUCACAUAAUGAGGCAUUGCUUUAUUUUGAUUUAGAAUCAAGCGAUAAGAAAUGGCACAAUAUCACGUCUAGUAACACUUAUACAUAUAGAAUUUUCAAUGGGAGCUUUUUAAAAGGUUCUGAAUUAUAUUUGAUGAUGGGCUAUUCAACUGAUAGCAAAUCUCAUGAAAGCAGCUGAUAUAAAGUUGACUUAGAAGAUCCGGACUAUGACUGAAAAACAGUUUCCAUUUCUGAAGAUAUAAAUAGAAAUUUAGAAAUUGACAGUUACGGCUGAACUCUUAUUGAGAACACCUUAUAUAUUUUUGGAGGAGAUAAAAAUCCACCUUUAAUUAACCAAUUAGCUUAAUUUAACUUAAAUGCAGGUUUGACUGCUGCCUAUUGGUAAUGUAAUCACCAAGGACCUCUUAGCGAAUUCGCUUUGCCAAGUCGAUAGGUGAACUUUUUUUAGAUGGGAUGAAAAUUCUCUUGACAAGUUAGUUCGAACAUCACCUUUCCUUUUUUUCACUGCCUAAUUCCGCUCUGUGUCUCCAUCUUCUCCUUGCCCUGCAGGCUCCAGUAUUGGCUGAGCAAAUGUUUGCUCCACAAAAAUCUGAAAAAUGGAACCCUUCGCAAAAAGGUAACUAUCUAAGCCUGAGGCUUAACUCUCAGUUGAAUGCUAGGAAGUUGCCUAAUUAAUCCAGACAUUAUCUUAGACGAUGCUGGGCUUUCCCUUUCCAAUCCUGAGCCCAGCUUAAUCAUCUACGCAUUAUCAUAUUGAUUACCUAGCAUAGCUGCCCGUUUCUAGUAAGAUAUAAAUAAAUAUAUGCGCGAGGCUGUAUAACCAGAAGGCAAUGCCCAGGCCUAGAGGUCAUAUUUAAUUAUAAUUAACCAACUAGCAAUACUUGAUAUAUCAGUCUCCCCAAUAACUUUUUCAGUUUUUGAGAAUUACUUAUCACCUACCUCCAGAAUGUAUCAUUCACUGCAGCCAAUUGGGCCUAAUUUAUAUUUAUUUGGUGGUUUAGGUGAUAAUGGGAAUAUUUAUAACGAUUUUUGAGCUUUUAAUGUCAUGAAAGAAGAAUGAAGCCUAAUAAAUUCUCAAGGACAAGUUCCUUCUAAAAGGUACGGAUAUGCGUCAGCUGUAAACGCUGAUAUUAUGCUUGUAUGAGGUGGGUAUAGCCAAGAAGGAUAUUUAAAUGAUGGUUAUAUAUAUGAUAUAACUUCAGAAAAAUGAUAUGCUAUAUCUUACACAGGCACAGCUCCAAGCCCAAGGGUCGGCGCCUGUGCUGAUUUUAUAGGCUGAUUUAUUUAUAUAUACGGCGGACUAACUGAAGGCGGUCUAUCAGACGAACUGUGAGCUUAUGAUGUGACCACAGAAACAUAUAGCCUCAUUACUAGUAAAAGUGGCCCAGGAGCUCUUUAUUUUUCUACCUGCAGCGCUGAUAUACACAAAGUUUUAUGGGUCCUAUAUGGUGAAAGUGAUGAUGACACCCCAACUAACAAAAUUUACGGCUUUGAUACAGGAAAAAGUUCAUGAAUAAAAUAUAAUGAUGACACAAGUGAUACAACUUAUAGCAGAAGCAGGGCUGCCGUUUUUAAAACUACUGAACAAUUUUUAAUAGUAGGAGGGGAGUCCUGAGGGUUAUAUCCAAACACUGAGUUGUUUUAUUUUACUACAGAAGCUUCUCAAUUUACUUUGCUGGGAAAUCUCGAUGAUGUAUUUUUUGCUCCAGGCUAUACUUAUUUUCAGAAUGAUUUUUAUAUACAUGGAGGAGGGACUUCAGCGACGACUCUUUUAAGGUUCAGUGUCCCUGAUAAUAAAUUUUUAAAGCUUUCAAAGCAUUUGUUUUGUCCUGAAAAUAGUCCUUGCAAUUUCACUUGCAGUUAUGGAACUUAUAAAACUGCAUCAAACUGCGAAAUUUGUCCACAAGGAACGUAUUCAGAUAAAUUUAAUUUAUAUGAGUGCAAAAAAUGCCCAUCAGGGAAAUAUGGACCUCAUUAUGGGGCGACAAGCUUAGAUAUGUGCUACCCUUGUUCAGAAAAUUUUUAUAAUGAUAAAGAAGGCCAAGAGCGCUGUAUUAAUUGUCCAGCAACUUCUAUAUGCAAAGUUGGAAGUAAAGCUUAUACUAGCUAUAUAAGGAACUUUGAAGAUUCCUCAGUCCAACCUCAAAUAUACUCUGCAAACCAAGACGAAAUUAAUCAAAAUACUUUAAUUAUUCAAAUUGUUGUCGGAAUUACAGGGCUUUUAGUAGUGAUUUAUAUGAUUAUUUCCAAAAAAAGCAAAGAAAUUUUACAAAGUUUCGACUUGUAUAUAGACAAGCAUAACCAUUUUAUCAACGAGCCUAUGUAUUUAAAAAAUACCAGUGUAGGUGGAUUAUUUGGAAUUAUUUUUAUUUUUUUAGCAAUGAUCAUUAUAGGGACUGAGCUCGUUAGUUUUGCAUCAAAUAAUAUUUAUGAGAUAAAAAGUUUGAUCCCACUUGUGGUGCUUGAGCAAGAUAUUCCAAAAGUAAUUUUUAUUUUAGUUUGAGGCGGAUUUUAUAAUAUCAAUUACUUUAAUGAAUUAUGGAAGCUCAUGUGUUUCUACUGGCAAUGUAACGAUGACCCCCCCUCAAUCUUCAUGUCUAUUGCAACAAAAAUACAAUUUUUUAAUAUAAAAUUUUAUAUAAAAAAAAAUAAUAAUUUUCAUGUCUCUUGCAACAAAUUAUAUAUAUUAAAAUGGCGACACGUGUCAGCCUGCCCUCUUGGCGCAGCAUUCCAGACCUUAUGGCCACAGCGAACUGGGACGGACUCCGAGCUGAGAAUCAGAUGCAGGCUCAAGAAGUGUGUAUCCGGGCAGGUUUUGGCUGCUUUCCUGUGGUUGGAAAUAGAUGCGCUCAACAACGUCCCUUUUGAUCCGAGGACCCAUGGGCAUUCCCUACCGAGAAACUGGGGUUUUUGCCCAGGCCGCGGGAACAGUCUUUUUCGUGUAGCUGUCGAAGGAAGGUACUUUGACACCCGAUAGACUCUAAACCCCCCCUCCGUGAGUGAACAAAACCAUUAGAAAAAUCGCUAUUUUUUGCCCAAAAACCCACCCUCCGUGAGUGAACAAAAAUUUUUUUAAUAGAAAAAUUUUUUAUGGGAAAAAAAUUUUGAUAUAUAAGUGAUAAUUAGUAUAAUGAAAUCUAGAGCUAAUUCUGUUUAAUUUCAAACGAAUUGCUUUUUAAAACAUAAAUUUUAUAAAUUAAAUUAAUAUUUGCUUUCCAAUUUUUGCGAAUUAGGAUUUUUUUAAAUUUCGAAAAAAAAUAUUUUUUAUAAAAUUUAUAUAGAAAUUUUUUUAAAAAAAAAAAUUAACCCCCUCCGUGAGUGAACAAAAAUUUUUUUGUUCACUCACGGAGGGGGGGGAAUAAGGAGCUGAUCCUUGGAAUCAAGCUACUCCAAUUGCCUGUAGCAGGGACGCAGAAAUCCAUAAGCCGCCCACUCAAGACUGAAGCCGCAAGGCAAGGAGGAGACAGAAGGUACCGGAAGGGCACUCGUAAGAGGAAUAGACCAUCUGGGCUGGAAUCGAAAAGUGGUAGAACCUUCUGCACAGGAGGUCUUUGGUGACUGUAUCACCAAUAUGGCUAGCUCCUGUCUGUAAUAAUCCUAAUCCUCUUGCAGCAAAUUUUAGAUGCGCAUCUUAAAUUUUUCUGUACUUUUUAGCUAGAUAAGUUUAAUAAAAUGGCGAGCAAUGACUAUAGCCGUCCAAAUCUCGAUGAGAAGGUCAUUGACACGCCUACAGCAGCGCUGUUUUAUGGGGUUUUUGAGAAACUCACCUAGAGAAAAAUGCAUUAAUUCUUUUUUAUAAAAAUGUUGUGUUGCAGUAGGCAUGAAAUUUUUUUCGAAAAAUUUUUGUUGCAAUAGACAUGAAGAUUGAGGGGGGGUCAUCGUUAUGUUCAGCUUAUAUAUUUUCUAAUAUUGAUGGUAUUACUGGGAAUUGGGAAGAAUUGAGCUGUGAGCAAAAGGAUAAUGGUGACUGUAUGGUUUAUACCAAAUGCCAUAAAUGCACAAUUAACAAGCAAGGGCUAUUGAAAAUCAUUAUGGAGGACCCAAAUGGGUACACUUCUGGGUAUAGCGUAAACGUAACUUCUUCAUCGUCGAUUCCUAAUAAAUACAGUAGCUAUAACCAUACCAUUCUUUCUGACACAAAUUUUGUGUUUAGUGGAAGCGACCCUACUGUGAUAUAUUUUGAUAUUAUACCAUCAGUAAUUUAUAGCUAGUACUAUAAAGAUACCCAAGAAAGCGGAAACUAUACAGGCUAUCAUGUAUCUUUAGAUAAGGCGUCACAUAAAGGAUCACAAUUUGAGCCAUACGUGUAAGGUUUAUAUAGGCUAGGACUGACGUUUAUUAAUUACUUGACUAUAGAGUUUGAUGUAGAUAAUAAUGGCCUCGCUACUACGAGAUAUUACAACCAGACGUGGAUUAUUUUACUAACGACACUGUUAAGCUCAAUAUUUGGAGUAAAAGGAGCUAUUGGAGGACUCAUGAAAUUUAUUGAGAAAAAAAUAAUUUUACUUCACAAAAAGAAAAAACAUAUAGAUAUGCUAAAAGCUCUUGAAAAAAAUUCCAAGUUUAUAGAAAAACUCAGAGAGCACUCAGAUUUUAAAGUUACUAAAGACUUAGAUUCCCCAAACAUCAAACGAACCGAAGAGGGAGAAACAGAAAAAGAAAAAUUAAGCCGAAAGGAGGCGGCUUAG